AUGCAAGAAAAACAUUCAAGUGCAAAGGGCAACGUCCCAAUGCCAAAACCCACAAAGUACCGCCUCGCAUGUGACAGCUGCCAACACUCCAAGAUCCGAUGCGACCAGGAACGGCCAAAAUGUCGCAGAUGUGCAAAGAAGGGCAUAGAGUGUGUCUACAGCCCAGCACGACGUGCUGGACGACCACGCACUCGCAACAACAGCAAGAGCACAUCUAGCAUUGAGAGCAGUGCAUCUGCGAGCUUGAAAGGGUAUUUGACACCCAUGACGGAGCACGGCAUCACCAUCCCAGCCGUAGGUCAGACGUCGCCCUUUGGUCCACCUAGCAUGCUAUCCGCCUCCGAAGACUGCUCCAGCUCCAGCUCCAAUACAUCCACUAUCCCUAGCAUAGCGCAGACUAUGCCACUCCCGAGCCCCGACGAUAUGGACUUCUCCUCGUAUCCACGGUCAGACGGCGACUUCAUGCAAGGUAUUCCGGACUUCACGGGCUCACAAUGCGGUACACCGAAACAAACUACCAAUUGCUAUUACGCCAUGUCUCCCGAGUUCCACAUCGCUCCAGAGCUUCUCAAUAUAGGCUUCUGCGGACCACCAUGGGAGCAGCAACACGAUCAGGAACAACACCAAUCCCUCUCUACUCCCAUGCUCUUCGACGAAGGGCUACCGUACUUUGGUUUACUUACCCCGGACGGUCACCAACCUCGCCAUCUAGAUCAGCAUCAGAACGACAUACCGAUACCGACCACGAGCAGCAGCGACAUCGAAAACGGCAGCUAUGCGACCCAUCCGCAACAGCAAGUACAUCCACAGUGUCCACAGUCUUUCGACCAAACCACUCCUUCGACGAAAUCAUGCAACUGCGUCUCCAACCUUCUUGAUUACCUAUCUACGCCUUCUCACGGACCCUCCUCAUCACCCCUCACCUCCACGUCAACCGCCCUGUCAACGUCCAGAACCCUCAUUACAUGCUGUUGUACUACGAUAACCUGCGCCAACGAGUGCUCUACACGCCCUUCAACUGCGCUCCUCAUUUGCGAAGCCAUUGACCGGGCGCUUGUGUCGCUCAAACUGGGCGGCAACUCCCUCUGGACACCCACAAUGACACCUAACCCAAAUCAUGAUAAUCGGGGAUCUUCAUCACCAUCGUCUUUAUCUAGCAUAAGCGACGGUAAUGGGAACGAUCUCAUGCUGCCAUCAUCCGUGGUAGACGAGGAGUGCGAACCGCUGCGUUGUGGAUCACUGCCGAUCCAGGGUGCCGACAGGCGGGCUGUAGUGCGUGUGCUACUAGUGAAGCGGGUACUGGAAGCACAACGGGUGCUGGAGCGGCUACGGGAUGCCUUGCUAUCAGGGCUGUCAAUCGGUGGGGACGUAGCAGUGAAGAAUCCACUGCUAGCACUAUGUGCAGAUGUUGUGGGGGAGUUCACGAAGAAGGUGGCGGAAAGGGCGGAGACUGUUAGGUUGAAGAUGUAG